CAUUGACAUUUCUAGACCUCAACAAUAAUUUAACAUCUUCCUCUUCUCCCUCUCCUUUAACAUAUCUCAUUCAUUCAUAAUUAUUAUUACUACUACUCAAUCUCUCUCUUUUCUCUCACAUAUACAAAACUCUUAUUACAUUUAUUUAUAUACACAUAAUCCAUGGAAGAACAAACCAUGGAAAUGGAAACAGCAUUUCUCACUCAAAACAUGAAUACUACUACUGCUACUGCGACCACUACCGCUACUACCACACAUGAAGUUCAAAAGUCUCUGCAUGUUCUACGGCGAAGCCGUAGACGGUGCAUGGAUGGCGUCGGCAAGGAGAAACUGGUUUUGCUAAAGGAAGUCGCUGUUGAGGAGAAAGAAAAGGUCGAAGAUGAAGAAAGUGAUGAUAGAGAAGAGAUAGAGAGAAAGAUUAAUGCAUUGCAGAGGAUUGUACCUAACGGUGAGUCUUAUGGUGUGGACAAGCUUUUUGAUGAAACUGCUGGUUAUAUUCUGGCUUUACAGUAUCAAGUCAAAGCUUUGAAAGCUCUUACUGGUUUCUUUCAGAAGAUGGAGAAAGACAAAACUAAACUCGGUGGUUAAUUAAUUCUCAUGAUUCUUCAACAACAACAACUUCAUGGAAUUUCUUAGGUUAGAGAGGUUCUUAAUUUUGGUUUUUUUUUCUUUCAUAGACCCAUUAGUUUAUUUAGAUUUUUUAUUGGGUUUUUCUUAUUUAAUGUUGUACUUUUGGUUCAUUGGGAUCAAGCCUCAAGGAAAAUAUUUCCCAUUUUCUUAGAUUUUUUAAUUUUAUUUUUUGAUUUAUUUAUUUUUCAUGUUUUAAUAUCAAUAUGUUUUUGGAUAAUUUAUGGUAAAAAAUUGACUUUAUGAUA